AUGAAGUUCUCAUCGCUCAGCUGCAGCCUGCUCGCCUUUGCCGCAGGUACCGAAGCAUGCAUCCGUGUACAUGCAUACCUGAACAAUGAUCCCGUCACUGGGGAUUCUAUGGGCGUCAAGAUAUAUGACGGUUACGACUACAAAUGUCGAGCCGGAGACUCUAAAUAUCUUGCCAGCGGCGAAACCACAUGGAAGUUCAAAUGUGGGGAAGACGACCGCUACGAAGUUCAUCUCACAGCCGAUGGAACUAAGGGCACAGUCUGGAACCGCAAUGCCGGAUACGAGGGAACUUUGACUUCCAAGGAUCAUGAUCACAAAGUUGAGUGCAGAUAUCGCACAGGACUGAAUGAUCGCUGUGCUGGAUAUGUUUCGACUGACGAGACAACUCUUUGGGAUGGAUUUGGUGACUGCGACGACAAGCUGUUCAAGACGGAAAAUUGCGGAGACAAUGAAUGCGAUAUCUCCAAGGACGACGUGCCUUGCGCAGUCAAUUACAAUGGUCGUUGUGAGCCGAUAGAGUUCUGA